AUGCAGCAGCUGACUGCCAUUGGAGAUCAGCUGGGGGACCAUGAACAGAAGCUGAAUGACAGUGAUAUGGAGGACAAGCCCGCACGGCCGCCGGUCACAUCUGUGCAAGAGACGCCUGCCCGGCCGGUGCGCGUGGAGGACCCCGUGGACUCCAUGCUGAAGGACAUGGCCACCAUCAUCUUCUGCACCUUCCUCUUGGCUGGAUGGGUGGCCUUUGUCAUCACGUAUCCCAAGAGCGUGCACAAGCAGCAGCAGCUCCAGCACCAGCAGUUCCAGAGGCAGAUGGAGGAAAAGCUGGACCUGCUCCAGAGGCAGCAGCUGGUGUUCCAGCCUCCCUCCGACCUCCCGCUGGACCCGGCCGACUUCCUGGACGUGGUGCGGGCGCGAGCCGAGAGCUCCAACAACAGCAGCCCCAGCCUCACCCCCCGGGCCUCCAACCACUCCGACCUGUCCGUGCACGAGCUGGGGCCCUCAGGCCCCGAGCAGGACGACGCAGGAGAUGAGGAGUCCAGUAUUGUCCGAGUCGGAAACAUCUCCUUCAGUCCGAAAAACGUGCUGGGACAUGGUGCUGAGGGAACCAUUGUGUACAGGGGUCAGUUUGACAGCCGCCCCGUGGCGGUGAAGAGGAUCCUCCCGGAAUGCUUCAGCUUCGCCGACCGCGAGGUUCAGCUGCUGCGCGAGUCGGACGAGCACCCCAACGUCAUCCGCUACUUCUGCACCGAGCGCGACCGGCAGUUCCAGUACAUCGCCAUCGAGCUGUGCGCCGCCACGCUGCGGGAGUACGUGGAGCAGCCGGGCUUCCAGCGUCACGGCCUGGGACCGGUGGAGCUGCUGCAGCAGACCAUGUCUGGGCUGGCACACCUGCACUCGCUGAGCAUCGUGCACCGGGAUCUGAAGCCACACAACAUCCUGGUGUCCAUGCCCAGCGCACACGGCCGCGUGCGGGCCAUGAUCUCAGACUUCGGCCUGUGUAAGAAGCUGGCCGUGGGCCGGCACAGCUUCAGCAGGAGGUCGGGCGUGCCGGGCACUGAGGGCUGGAUCGCUCCCGAGGUCCUGAGCGAAGACUGCAAGGACAACCCGACCUGUACAGUGGACAUCUUCUCCGCGGGCUGUGUGUUUUACUACGUGGUCUCACACGGCUGCCACCCCUAUGGCAAGGCCCUGCAGCGGCAAGCCAACAUCCUCCUGGGAGCCUGCAGCCUGGAGCGGCUUCAGACAGACCGACACGAAGGCAUCGUGGCCACUGAUCUCAUACUGCAGAUGCUGAGCAUGGAGCCCCAGAAGAGACCAUCUGCUGAGAGCGUGCUCAAACACCCCUUCUUCUGGAGCCUGGAGAAGCAACUGCAGUUCUUCCAGGACGUGAGUGACAGGAUAGAGAAGGAGCCGCUGGACGGACCAAUCAUCCGGCAGCUAGAGCGAGGGGGGCGGGCAGUGGUGCAGGGUGACUGGAGGGAGCACAUCACUGUCCCCUUACAGACCGAUCUGCGCAAGUUUCGUUCAUAUAAAGGCGGAUCAGUCCGGGAUCUGCUCCGAGCCAUGAGGAAUAAGAAGCACCACUACCGGGAGCUGCCCGCAGACGUGCAGGAGACGCUGGGCUCCAUCCCCGAUGAGUUUGUGUCCUACUUCACCUCCCGCUUCCCCCACCUGCUGCAGCACACCUACAGGGCCAUGCAUACCUGCGCACACGAGCGCCUCUUCCUGCCUUACUACCACUGCAGAGGGACCCCGACAGAAGCCAUGCCAGCCCCCACACUCGACCAGCCUGCCCCCACACUAACCAUGCCUGCCACCACACUAACCCAGCCUGCCCCCACACUAACCCAGCCUGCCCCCACACUAACCCAGCCUGCCCCCACACAAUCCCAGCCUUCAACUACAGAAACCGUGCCUGCCCCCACACAAACCCAGCCUGUCCCAACACAAUCCCAGCCUUCAUCCACAGAAACCGUGCCUGCCCCCACACAAACCCAGCCUGUCCCAACACAAUCCCAGCCUUCAUCCACAGAAACCGUGCCUGCCCCCACACAAACCCAGCCUGUCCCAACACAAUCCCAGCAUCCCCCCACACAAACCAUGCCUGCCACCACACAAACCCAACCUGUCCCAACAGAAAUCCAGCCUGCCCCAACAGAAACCGUGCCUCCCCCCACACAAACCCAGCCUGCCCCAACAGAAACCACGCCUCUCCCCUUACAAAACCCGCCUCCUCCAGUUCAAAACCCGCCUCUCCUUGCACAAGCCCCGCCUCCCCACAGACCAGCCCAGACUGCUCUAACAGAAACCCUGCCUCCCCUUGCACAAGCCCCACCUCUCUCUGUACAAACUCUGCCUACCCCCAGCCCAGCCCUGCCUCCCCCCAACCCAGCCCAGCGCUGGCCCGUCCAGGAGGCCCGGAGAACGGACUCCGUGUGA